AUGGAGGAGAUCACAAAGCAUUUUCAUAAGGAAGACAUCCCAUGGAUACAAGGAAUUCCAAUAGACUUAUACAUAGAAGAUACUUUAACUUGGCCCUACACUCCAAAUGGUGAAUACAUUGUUAAAAGUGGCUAUAGAGUUGGAAGGGAGAUAAAUCUUCACCCCACUAGAUGUUCAAACAUGGAAGAAGUUAAUAAAUGGUGGAAAAUGAUUUGGAGCCUGCAGCUGCCUCCUCAGAUGAAGCUUUUUGGGUGGAGAGUUUGUCACAAUUGGCUACCAGCAAAGACAAACUUGAUUCAUAGAGUCAAAAAGAUUUGGAAACUCAUUCCUUGGUACAAGAAGUGUGACAUUCUGGGAGAAGGGUCAAUGUUUGAUCUUUUGAUGUCCUUAGAGAAGAAACUUGACAGGAAGUGGAAUCAACUCCCAAUCAUGAAUGGGAUUCAGCUGUUAACUUGGAUCUUCUCUGCUUAUCCGCACUCUAAUCCUCAUGGGGAUAUUGCUUUGAAACCUGAGGCAACCCAUCCCACGAUAAUGAAACAGUGGCAGCCUCCUGAAAAGGGCAGCAUCUGUGUGAACUGCGAUGCUGCUCUGCACGAGAAUCUGAUUGGAGUGGGCAUUGGGUUCAUUUGGCGAAACUGGGAGGGGCAAAUCAUUUCAGCAGGUAUGAUAUAUAUGCCGAGUAUGUGUACAGUUGAGAUGGCUGAAGCUUGGGCCAUCCUAGAAGCUAUUAAGAGAGCGCCGGCUGCUGCAAAGGGUCCUAUUGAGAUUCAGUCAGAUUGCAGGGCGGUUGUGGAUUAA